AUGACCAGCUCCGAAUCUGCUACUGUUAAUUUCAACUCAUCGACUGAAGGUAGUGGGCAAACACACAAACGUCGUACUCGACUAAGAAACAUACACAAACAAGCUCGCCAAGAGUUCAAGCAGUCUUCGCGUCUUGAGCUUACAAGCUCGGUAGCAGAAGAAGGUUACAAGAAUAUCAUUGCUUCGAUCAGCUCUCUGAGGUUUCAUAAAAGGCUCACACUUGAAUUGGGUAAAGAGAGACGAGCGCUUUUCCAAAGACUAGCUGAAUUGGAGGGUUGGACUAUCCGAUCCACCAAAAGAAGCUAUUUCGAGGUCAGAAAAGAUGAUGGUUUCUUGCGUCCUGAGAGAUCGGCCAAGAAUUCUGAGCUGUUUGAUAGUUGGAUGAAGAGUACAGGUAAUAGUAGGAGACAGACUUGGACCAAGUCCGAUUGGGCCUAUCAGAAUGGAAAGAUCACUGAAGAAUGCAAUAAAUCCAAAAGGACUAACGCUAUCUUGCGGGACGAUAUUAGAAGUCUCAAAAGUAUCAUAUCCCAAUAUCAUCCAUAUGCAGUCACGAAUGACAUCGAAAGCACUUUCGAUACCCCGAGCUUGACGCCAGAUAUACCCUUUCCUGGCACUUCUGAUGGACAAACAAGAUACAGAUUGAGGAUGCAUUGGUAA